UGUAAAUAAACUCUGUUCUGAUUGGCUGCUCUGUAUUAUGCUUCAUUCAAACAGCAGUUCAGGCUGGAACACUCCUUAUAACUUCAACAUAAACUGCUAGAGGCUCAUUAGAUGGAUAUGUAAAAAUGUGCUAUCACAGAAAACCAUUCAAAACAGGAUGUUUUAGCAGAUUAGGUCCCAUUUAUGGACUGUACUGGAAUGUGAAUGAUCCAUUUUGAAAACCGAACAUUUUCAUAUUCCAAGCUCAUUUAUUUAAAACAAGACUAGGUAAGCUUAGUGUUGCCAUUAGCUGCAUAGCAUUUGUCAUUUGGCACUUUACUUAGUGGUCAUGUACUAGUGCUUGGUGACCUCACCAAGUAUCCUCACCUGGAAGAGUAAAACGAGCUAAAUAAGGCUGCUUAUACAACAAGGGAAAUUCCAGUUGAGUCAGACACAGCUUGAGCUAAAAUUCUACUGUGUUAUGCUACUGUGUUGCUUCACCUGUUAUUAGGUUUUCGUAGGACCUGUGAUGUGUUUCAAAUGAAUGUGUUUCUGCUUUCUUUCAUUAUUUGUUAGCCAUAUAUUUGUAGCUUUCAACAUUUUGCCAGUCAGUGAUUGCACCAUUUCUAGCUCCACCCAUACAUUCCAGCUUGGUACUCCCAGCCAGAAAAGAAAUUCAGCAGUGGGAAUGAUGAUAAAAUAUGUGAUUGUGGAUUAAUCACCCUAACGUACCACGCUGCCUAGUGCUUAUCGUGGGAGAUGCUUGCGUGUGCACGUUUAAUGGACAGCAGUCACUCAGUCAGUGACUCAGCAAGAGACAUCGACUCUCAUAAAAAUGAGGAAAAUUCGGUUUUCCAUGAUAUUGACCCUUUAAAAGCUAAGAUACAUGGUUACAUGGUUAAUUGGCUGUUUUUCUCAGGUGUUACAGGGAAAGUCAGGCCAUUCAAUGAGACAAAGGUAGUUAGCUUGGAUUAUAAAUGCUGGUACUGUUUCCUUCCAAGCAUGCUCUAAACCACAGCUGUGUGUCGUAAGCAUGCUGUGGGUGGGGUGCUGUGCUUUUAUCUGCCCAUUUCCUGUCCCUCCCUCUCACCUGCUCUCCAUCUGUCCAUCUGUAGCCAACCCUGUAGUUUCUUUGUUUCUUCUUCUUACUUUCUUAUAAAUUAUUCUGUCAUAUAUAUGUUGUGUAUGUAUGUGCAAAUACAAUGAACAUACAAAGGAUCUAUUUAACAGAAUGUUUGCAGAAUAAUAAACAAGGAAAGAGAAAGAAGAGGACUAUCUUAAAGCGAAGGUUCAGUCAAAAAUCAAAUUUGCACUUAGCCAUCAUCUCACAUAUACUCGAUUAGGCUAGACAUGUUUUAUGUCUGAAGUUUGCUUCUUUAGUUGUGCGCUGGAGCUAAAAGACUAAUUUAGUUAAUACGCUGUGCAGCUUAUGUCUUCAAUUAGCAUUGUGUGCCUGUAUACAUUAUCACACACUUGCCUCAAACCGUGUUAUCUCAAACAGUCUUUGUUUAUGUGGUUUCACUGCUAUAAAAAUGGACAUAAAUAUGUUUCUUAUCUAAAAGCAAUUUUAGUAGUAGCAGUCAUUUAAAGUCUGAAUCUAGUCUUUACUUUUGUACAUUUGUAUAGGUAACAGUAUAUCAUACAGUUUUUUUGGUGCAGUGGAAGUUCCAGGUAGACGGAGUAUGUGUUUUGGGCAUUGGAAUGUCCACUCCCAUCUCUCCCUCUAUUUGUUUAAUUGUUCCUGAGCCAGAAAACCUUACUGCUGGAUGCCUGUCUGAUGUCCAUAGCAACCCAGGGAGGUCCCUCAACAUAGUUGACGGCUAUGUUGAAGGACAAUGUAAUUAUGAUGGAUCAAGACACUCAGUGGCUGUACCAGCUUUUGGCCGAGGUGCAGCUGGAGCGUUUCUACCUGAGGGUCCGUGAUGGACUUAAUGUGACACGCAUUGAGCACCUAGACUACGUGAAGGAGGCUGACUUGGAACAGAUUGGAAUCAGCAGACCAGGACAAAGACGAUUAUGGGAUGCAGUCAAGCGUUACAAAACCAGCACGCGGCCGCGGUCAUGGAUGGCCAAGAUGUUCAGUGUGCGUGGUCCAGAAGGAGGUGACCAGUGGAGUGGUGGUGGGUCUGGUCAGGGGCCGGAAAUAGGGCGAGCUCUCACCUGCCUCAUCCAGGACAGUGAGCUGGUGUUUGGAGAGAGACUGGGCUCAGGCUCAUUUGGGGUGGUGAAGAAAGCAGAGUGGCACAUGCCUACCGGACGAGUGAUACCCGUAGCUGUGAAGAGUCUGCGAAGCAGUAUGUCCAGGGAGGCAGAUACAGUGACAGACUUCCUCCAGGAGGUCACCACCAUGCAGUCUCUGGACCACAUCAACAUCAUACGCCUGUAUGGUGUGGUCCUUACACAGCCUCUCAAAAUGGUGACAGAGCUGGCUCCUCUCGGCUCUCUGUACGACACUCUGCGCUUGCGGCAGGGUGCGUACCCGCUGGCCCGUCUUUGGCUCUUCAGCACUCAGAUCGCUGCAGGGAUGGAGUAUCUAGAGACGCGGCGCUUUAUCCACAGAGACCUGGCAGCCCGCAAUGUGCUCCUGGCCUCCAGAGAGCUGGUGAAGAUUGGAGACUUUGGUCUGAUGAGGGGUCUGGGCCAGGACAAAGACCACUACAUCAUGGGAGCCCACAGACGCAUCCCAUUUGCCUGGUGUGCUCCUGAGAGUUUGCGUAUGGGCUCCUUCUCACAUGCCUCAGAUGUGUGGAUGUACGGGGUCACCCUGUGGGAAAUGUUCACUUACUGUGAAGAGCCCUGGCUCGGGUUGUCUGGAAGGCAGAUCCUGUGUCGUGUGGAGCGAGAUGGCGAUCGCUUGCAGAGACCACUGGACUGUCCACAGGAGCUGUACUCUGUAAUGAGGAAAUGCUGGGCCUACAAUCCAUCAGAGCGGCCCACCUUCUCCCAGCUCACCACUAUGGUAUCUGAGGCUCAGCCUAUGGAGAUGCGUGCAUUGCAGGACUUUACAGAGCCCAGAAAACUUGCUCUACAGGCCAGUGACCUAGUGACUGUAAUAGACCAUGGGCUGGAGUUGUGUGAGUGGAGGGGUCAGAACCAGAGGACACUGAGUGUUGGCUGGUUUCCCCCAUCGCUGACCGCUCCUUCUGUGUCUUCACUGGGCGCACUGAGUCCUAGUACUAGUCCUGCUGUCAUCUCUCCUCCACUCAGAGGAAGCUUACAGCACACUGGACAUGGAGAUGUGAACCCAGAACGCAGCUGGGGAACCCCAACACGGCUUGAUGACCCUGGAAACUGGAAGGUACCUUUGGCAAAAGAGAAAGAAGGAUCCAAUCUAAAGAAAAUGGCAGGCAUGUCCCGUAGUCUUGAGUCUGUCCUUGGGGUCUCAAAUGACAAGAGUCAAGGUGGAGGUGGCAGCCUGGCUCAGAGAACCCACGUCCGCAAAGCCAUCCCAGCUCACCUAAUCCAGGACCCUCGAAGGUUCAGUGACUGUAGUGGCAUCACGCCUCCUCCACGACCACCACCCCCCAACUUCAAGCGCAUCAGACCCCAGCAGUUGGUGAAAAGUGAUCGGAGGGUGGCAGUAAAUGCAGCCCCAGGGUCCUGGCCUUCACCUCCUCAUCCAAACCUGCAGCCCCAAGUACAGCAGCAGCAGGUUAUGGGGGUCAGCAACCUAGUCAAGAUGACCCAGUUAGCAAAGUCAACUCCCCAGGUAGACAACGACUUUGAGAAAGAGAGGGAAAGAGAGAAGGAAAAGGAGCGAGAAAAAGAAAAAGAAAGGGCACGGGAAAGGUAUCCAACUCAAGUGCAGACAGAUAAGGAGGCACUCAUAGCACAGGUGCAGGCGGCCGUCCAUGGAGUAACCCUUGAAGAGGUCCAGAGAGCCCUACAACGCAGUGACUGGAAUCCAAUGCGGGCAGAGCAACAGCUGAAGACAGAGCAGCUGUACCACAUGAACCAGUGCUCUCGAGAGGACUGCUACAAGAUCCUGUCACGCUACAACUGGGACCUUCAGCUGGCCAGCCGUUUUCUCAUCCGCAUGGCCAGAGAUGCUGCACUGGAGAGACGGGCAGACAGAGUUUAGAAAAGGAUCUGCAUGAACUCUGUAAGAACUGAGGAUCCAGUGCUGGAUUUUGAUGCAAGUUCUCAACAGUGAGGGGCUAAAAGUGCCACACGUCAACAUCGGAGGGGCCUACACUACAGGAAAGCUACAGGAGAGCAUCUCAUCCUCACUACUGUGCCAGCAUGGUGCCAUUCUCUGUCCAGCACGGCAUUGAGCCACUGAAGAGCGUAUUUAUGAAUCAGCAUAAUAAAAUACAGAGUGGGAAUUCAAACUGGUGCCACAGAAGAACAACAAGAGUUAGAGGACACUUUGGUUUCUAUUUUACUGCAUGUUGUCUGAGAAUUAAGAUAUUUGCUGUUGUCAGUGAAUCAUGCUGUACAUGUUUGAGCCAACAGUACAAGGAAAUUGCUUGGUCUCCUCCCUACAUAUGAGCCUGUACCAACUCUACAUCGCCCCCUGCCAGCUGAACGUGGGCCUGUUCAGUUGUUUCAGACCUCCUGGAAGGGGCCAAGAGACUAGAACUGACGAGGACAGUUUGGAUUAGAUUUUCUUCUCACUGAAAUGUAACACCCAACACCAACACUUAUGCUGAAUGAAGGAAUUUUUUAUUUUUCACUGACACACAAGCUUAGCAAAAACUGUCGGGGAAGUGGGUGCAAGUUUCUGUUUCCACAGUGAGCAGUCUCUUACGCUGUUUACAAUUUUAUACAUGGAAAAUAUAAUUGAAAUAGGUACUUUUAUGGAAUAUAUAUUUAAUAGAUGAACAGAAAUAGAUUUUAAUAAAUUGUAUACAUAGUUCCAGAACUUUUUUAUCUGAAUCUGUUUUCUAAAUUAAAAUGGGUACUUAUAUCAAUAUAUUUUGAUGCCAGAUGCCAAUAAUAGUACUGUAGUGUACAGUCAGUUAGGUGUACCACAUCAUCGACAGCAUCUCAUGUCAUAUACAAAUGUCUUAUUUACAUAGUGGCUAAUCUAAGAUCUCAUCAAAAAUGCAGUCCAAGCUGGCGCACUGUUCCAAAUGUAUAAUCCAUCUGGAGUGGAAAUAAAAAAUAUAGUAGACAAAAUUACAACUCACAUUUCUGUCUAGUAUAGGGCUUUGCUUUUUAGUGUAGAGGAUUCAAGUACAGCAUCUUUUUUUUUAUAACAUAUCACUUUUGGAACUAAACCUUGUCUUUUUUUUUUUGUUUUUUAUUUUUUGAUGUAAUUUGAUGAUAACAGCUGUCCACAGUGUGUGAAAGUUUCAUGAUGCGUGGACUGAUAGCAAUGCGCCAAAAUUACUUGGAAUAAGAUAAGUUUAUAUUAUGUUAAGAACUUUAACACAAAAAGAAAUAAUCCUUCAGACAGAAGGAUUGGAUAGAAGAUUUUUGUCCAACAGCAGCGAUAUUCUGCUAAACUUUAGAGGAAUUCCACCAAUUUGUCCAAAUUACUGCAUAAUUAGGUUAUAAAUAACAUAAUUCAGAGUAGUUUGAUGUGAAAUGCUCUGUUCUAGAGAACAGAGAAAUCCUGAGUCAGGAUUGUUCACAGUGGUAGUGAUGGGAACCAGACGGCCAAAGAGUUUAAGGCCACUAAAGCUCCCUCACAGAAAGUCAUCACAUGUAAAUGGCAGUUUUGAAAAAGAUAGUUUUCUGAAGGUUUUAGCCUAGUUUUUUUAAAAAAAGUCCAUUUAUAGUGGAGAGAUACAUGCAGAACAUUGUAAAGCCAAACAGUACCCAAAAAAUGAUGGGCCAUUUUUUUUUUUUUGGUUAUUUGUUGGUAUCUGGAGAUGCUGACUGAGACUAGAUUCACCUGAAUUAGCAUUCCAGAGAAAUGUAACAGUUAUUUCUGUAGGGUUACAAAUGCAAUAAAAAAUAAGAUGUAGACAUUUUAGCACAAUAGCCCAGCGUUGGUUAAAUGUUCUGCUCUUCCAGAGUACAAUAAAUGUCAUAAAAUGUUGGUUUGAAAUACUGGUCAAAUCUAGACGUCUGUCCAAUGCCAGUAUUUGUUUUCAAGCACAUAUCUGCCGAUACUGUUAUAUAUGAGUCUGUGAGUUUCUUUACUAUGAACUAUUUUACAUCACAUCACCCGGAAACACUUUAGUUCACAUCUCCACAAUUGAAUUCUGCAGUAAUUUUGAAAGCUCGGUUUAAUUCCCCUCUAACCCCAAGUAACAGUGAGCUGCUACAUGUUAUGAAAUUUCAAUACAGAGAAAGUACUGCAGCCAGGAUUCACUCCCAUCUCAUAGAAGCAAACAUACUUAGGGUUUGGAGCUUUUAACUGUGUGAGAGACAAGCUAAAGUAAUGAGAAAUCUAUUAGAUUAGUCUCUCACACAAAACUGCUUCAGCACAUUUGUCUUCAUGCAUGUCAACCCCGCUCAGGCCAUGUAUGUCCUUACAAAAGAGAACACUGCAGUGCAUUUUAAUGCAGGGGUCCAUGUCCUGACUGAGUACUACUUCAUGGAUUAGAUUAAAUCCCAAACCCUGGCUAAUUUAAAGGCUAUUUCAUUGAAUUCCCUAACAUCUGACCAGACCACUCUAAAUAAAUAAAUAAAUAACCAGCAAGCUAGUCUCCCAUGUUAGGAAUGUAAAUGAUUAACAGAUGUCUUGUUUAGUUCGUUUCUCUGCAGUUUUAUCUUUCAUACUUACAGUGUAGCCUAAACAUUACAAAACAAAUAGAUAGCUCAAUCCUUCGAAUGAAUGUACACAACAUUAACAUUCUAUUUGCUCUGACUUCAGCUUUUCAUGUACAGUGACACACCCAGCACUGUACAAAAGCCUUAAACCAGCAAGGUGAGAGUGGGAGCAUUCUUGGAAAAUUCCUGGAAUGGUGACCUGUUGAAUCACCAGGGCAGGUUAAUUGUGUGGUUAUAUGAUAUAACAGGCAUUCUAACUAUACAAGUAAAGUCUCCACAACAUUUUUUUUUACAUUAUCAUGGCAUUUUACUAGGGCAUAUGAUGGCACUACAUGUACAUGUACACAUACAUAAACAUGUCAAGACAAGAAAGCACUGGCAAGAUCAGCAGUAGAAUACCAAUACACAAAUGUUGGUUUUUAGCAAUUAAUCCCUUAAAGGACCCAUAUCUUACAUUUGUUUUGUAUUUUAUUUUCUCCUCUAAUGUCCACUCAUAACAUGUAUGUGUUUUUGUUUACUAUUAGCCAAUUUAUAUGACCAUUUUUUAACCUCUGAAACACUCCUUGUAAAAUCAGCUUGAAUGGGAAAGUGCUAUAAACUAAAUGUUUUUGCAGCUUAAUUUCUAUAUAUGGACUCUAUUGCUUUAUGUUUAAUACUUUAACUGUGUUUACAUACUACAUCAAACUGUAGAAAUUUGAAUAUUUGAAGAAAGUGAAGAAAAGUUUUCCAUGAUACAGGCCCUUUAAAGAAAGUCUUACUAAUACAGGCACCAGGAUACAAUAAUAUACAA